GCUUGGUGCUAGGGUGACGGCUCUCGGUCGCUGUGUGCAGUAAAUGUUUUGCAUAAAGGGGACCUUUCUGUUACUGGUGGGUGUCGCUCAGUCACGGCUCAUAAAGCAGCGUGUGGACUGGAGGCGCAUCUGAAGCUUUCUGCUGGCGUGUUCAGCACCUGAGCCCUGGACAGCUCCUCAGCCCGCACAGAGUGGAGCUCAGUAAGGGCAGCUCUGCAACUGGAACAUUCAUUAUUAUUCCCAUGUACUUUACAGACUGUCACUGUGAAGAGGAAUUAAGGAUGACCUGUAUGACCAGAGGAUGAAUACUUGUCCAUAAAGGAACGAAGUAAUUAUCAUGAUAUAUCUCAGAAAGACACCAAAAGAAAAUCCCUGGUAAUAGACUAUUACGGAUGAACACCAUGCAGCUGCAUCAGACCCUGGGGGACAUUUUCUCUUGGAAUGUCUCCCUGUUCGGGUACCUGUCCCCCGGUAAUGAUAGUGUCUGGCAGUCUACUCCUUUCUCCAGCAGCGUCCUCUACUCUGCACACGAGCCGGGAACUAUUGUCUUGGUGGUCAUGUAUUCUGCCUCAUUCCUGGCAGGUUUAGUAGGUAACAUUAUGGCUUUGCGAGUGCUGGGAACUCGGAGGAGGAGAAGGUGUCGCCUAUCUGGGGUGUCGGGGACCAGGGAUCUUCUUGUCAACUUAGCUGUAUGCGACAUGAUGGUUAUUUGCAUUUGCAUGCCUAUCAAUCUUGGCCACCAAGUGCACAACGCCUGGGUGUUUGGGGACUCUCUGUGCAGGGCAGUCCCAUUUAUCCAGGCGGUGUCAGUAUCUGCCAGUGUCCUCACCUUGGCUGUGAUCAGCCUGAACAGGUAUUACAGCGUGCACAGCCCCCUACACGCCAGGACUUUCUUUACUAGCAGAAGACUAGGGAUCAUGAUAACUUUGGUGUGGCUCAUCGCCUCUGGCCUCUGUAUACCUUUGCUGUUUAUGAACAGGACCCAGAACUUAGUCCUUUUCCCUGGGCAAUUGGCAGUUGUAGUGUGUACAGAGAGUUGGCCCAGUCUACACCUGAAACUCAUAUACAACUUCCUGUUGUUUUGUGCACUUUAUGUUUUACCCGUUUUAUUCAACUUCCUUAUCUGCUUCCUCACAAGUCGCCGCCUAUGGGGGGCAGGUGACACUGUGCUGGACAAUAAUAGCUGGGCCAUGCCUGAAUCUAGGCUCAAAGCCAGGAGGAAAAUAGCCAAGAUGGUGGUAGCACUGGUGCUCCUGUUCACUUUGUCCUGGCUGCCUCUCUAUGUAGUGGAUAUUUGGAUUGACAUCAAUAUGUCCUAUGGGGAAUCUGAAGAAUUCUUGGGGUACCUCCAACAUGACUGGAUUCUCCAGGUGAGACCUUUUGCCCAGUGGCUUGGCCUCACCAACUCAACACUAAAUCCUCUAUGUUAUUGCUUUGUUGGCAACCUGUAUAGAUCAGCCAAACGCUUUAGGAAUAGCUACAGAGAGAGGUUUGUUUCUAUAUUUAGUAUGUCCCUGAACCACGCCCCGGGAGACAACGCUGUGCCUCAGUUAUUGCACUACAGCGCUGCCAGGAAACAUAUGGAACCUCAUUACAAGAGAGGCAAAUGUCACACAACGUUUCGACCUCUCACCGCUAGCACAAGUGCUUCCAUACCUGAAGUAGUUAAGGGGAGCCCUGGUGUGAGUAUGGCUGCACCUGUCUGAUGUCACAAAAAAUAAUUGCGUUAUUGCAGCAACACAGGCACGUACUAAUGUGAGGAUGCGCACAUUCCGCUGUGUGUAUGUGCUGGCUUGUACUAAUCAGGCAAACAUUGAUUAAUAUGUCGUGUGUGAUAUUAAACUAUCCUGGAUUUUAUUGAUUAUAACGUCAUCUCGCAUAUGUGCUAAUUAAACAACUCACAUAAUUUCUGAGUGAAGUAACUAUCAGAAUGCUACUGCAUAAAUUAGUUGUAGGAUAUAAAUGAGUCGCUAUUAAAAAAGAAAUAAAUAAAUGUCCACGUUUCUCUGGCACUGGCAACAUGUAACAAAUAAACAGGCACUAUUCCAA